GAAUGUUUUAUGUGGUCAUGCUGGUCCUUGGUGUUACAGAGGCUUUGAAGCAGGUAUGGGAUUUAUCUGAUCAAGAUAAUGACAGCAUGCUCUCCUUGCGGGAGUUCUGUAUUGCGGUCUAUUUAAUGGAGCGUUACAGAGAGGGCCGACCUCUUCCUCCAAUGUUCCCAAGCUCUAUAAUACAUAGUGAGAGCAUGUUUACCGCUCCUGGUCAAUCUGGGGCACCGCAUGGCAAUGCAUCCUGGGGACAUCCACAUGGUUUCCAACAGCAACAACCUCCUGGGGCCUUGAGGCCACCAGCUGGUCCCAAAGGAAAGCCUCCAAGGCCAGGUCCUCUAUCCUCUAGUGAUGGAAUGGUCCCGCCCACUCAGCCGAAACGUAAAAUGCCUGAGUUGGAAAAACAGCUGGUGGAUCAACUUAGCAAGGAGGAGCAGGAGUCACUCAACUCGAAGUUUAAAGAAGCAACUGCUGUUGAUAAAAAGGCACUCUCUGGUUUCUCUCUGAUUUUAAUUUGUUAAUGUGGUGAAUUCCGUUGGUUAUCGUGAUUU